CGGCUGAAUCUUCGACAGAAUCGAAAAAACGAAUCACUGCCGACAGAAGUAAAGCCAACGUUAAACAAAAAGCAACAUUAGAUCAUUCCGGAGCCUACCAUAAAGAAGAACAGAGCAGUUUUCCUAGCACUCCCUAAUUCCCAAAAAUCGAUCAAUCUGUGCAAGUCAAUUCUUCGAAGACAAGCCAUCAUUCCCAAACCACGAGGAUAGCAGCAAAGGGCCGAGGGUUUAGUAGGAAAAGUGAAACAGAGACAGUCUUUACCCAUAGUUGCCUUCAGAAUUAUUAAUUUUUUWAAAAAUCAUGUCGGCUCCGGGAAGUGGUGGACUAAACAACCGAUUCAAUUCGUACCAGCAAUCCUACUCCGAAAAGACUGUUGCCGAGCAACAAACGUCCACCCUCCAGGAUACUAUCGCGACGCAAUACCAGGCCGAGGAAACCGCCAAUGCUGUGUUGAAUCAAUUGCACGGACAGCGCCAACAGAUUCAGGGUGCCAACAACGACGUCUGGGAAACGAGGCAACUAACGGAAGAAACCAAGCGGGAAUUGAUUGCUCUGCAAGCUAAAUAUCGAGAAAAGAAAAACAAGCUCAAGGUCAUGAUUGGAUUGCUAGCAGCAAUUGAUCUGUUUAUGUUUUUCCGACUGCUGCGUUGCCGAGGAUCUUUCUUUUGCUGAGCAACCACAAGAAACAAAACGAAAAGAUAGGAAGCCGGAACAAAAGCGGCUUUUUUCGUGAAGAAAACUGCGGGUCGUGUGUCAGACUUCGGAUAGAUAGAUAUGCACUGGGAUUAUCGCUUCGAAGUCAGAGACUUUCAGUGGCUGUAACAAAUAGUAUGAAUUUGAUCAUCCUACUCAACUCAACUCUUGUUAUGGAUUCAAUGAGUGGUUGGGAUGUAGAAUAUGUUAGUGAAAGGAUGAAUGAAGGAAGAGCUGAAACCACCUUAUCCAUACUGCCAGCGAGAGGAAGAAUUGCACAUACCCCAUCUUUGGUUUCGGAUUAGAUUCAUUCUGGAUUGUGCAAGCUGGAAACAUUCCUCAUCAGCACCAGCCUCUGUGGUCGCACUAGUAGUAGUACCAGUGGUUCCUUAUUUUAUCGUAUGGCUCAGCUAUGAAUGAAUUCUCUUUUCGCACAUUUUACUAUCUCAUCCACAAACCAUAAAGCUGCGUUUUCAUAGCUUCUAUUGGUAUAUUUGUCCCUCUCCACUGUAUUCGGUUGAAUUGUACUAUCUACCUAAGUGUACUAUCUAGUCGACCCGUCCGCUUCCCGCUUCACUGUACCAUAAAUCAUAGUUACUUUUCCACAGUGUUCUAGUGUAAUGUUCGUUCGUUACCUACGCUAUAAAGUACUUUAAGUACA